AUGGCCGACGCAUCUCGCUUGCCUUUCCCCUCGCCUUCUGUCAUCCUGGGCCAAGCACACGACACCGCUUCCUCAGACGAACCCGCCGUGCCCCCCGAGCCUCCUCCGCCUCGACCCAAGAAGCACGCAAAGCGCCCGAGCAACAGCGGCAAGGAGAACACCAAACGAGCUGCCGCCAAAAAGGGCCCUUCGGUCAAGCCGAAGCAGACCAAGAGCCGUAAUGGUUGUGCCACCUGCAAGUUGAAGCGGCUGAAGUGCGGCGAAGAGAAGCCUGGGUGUCUGCAAUGCGCGAAGAGAAACAUAGUCUGCGGCGGAUACAAGAAGACCUUCCAGUGGAGAGAAUUUCCGAAUGGCCAAGCCACGCCACCACCGACCUUCACCCCGAAGCAGGCCAAGCCAGGUGGGAAGGCCAAUGUCCAGGCAGGCCUCUCUGCUUCGGAUUCGCCGCUGGGCCAACAGCAUGGGCGGCAGGACAGCAAGAACCCAUCGUCAGACGCUCAUCAUUCCGAUCUUAUGGACAACUUACCCGACAUGACGCCUUCAAGCCGCGCCAUCUUCAAUCCGGACAUACAAUUCACACAUCGCACUCGCUCCUUCGCCCCCGCUAACGGCAACGGCGCAUCGCCAUCGCUCACCCAAUACUUGCAAGAUGAUCUGUCUCAGAAUCUUCCUGAUGACCACGCUGUCGCCCAGGACUUUGUGUCCUUCUCCAUGCCGCAGGACCUUGACUUUCCCUACCUCACUAGUGGCCAAGACCCCGAGCUCGAUGAAACCGUCUUUCCUGACCUGAUCGGCCCUAUAUCAGCGAGCGAUUUCUCUUCUCUGCAAUGGCCAUCGCAAUUCACCAGUCCGGACUCGCCCUUCGCAAUGACAACGCCCGAGGACAUGCCCGAUUUCUGGAACAGUCUCUCACCGUCAUUCUUUCAACAACCUGGCCAUCCCCUCCAAAGCGUGGAAUUCCUUUGGGACCAUUUCGACAAGAUGACGUGCGGUAUUCUUUCCGUCAUGGACGGCCGAGAUGAAAAUCCGUGGCGAACGCUGGUGUUACCUCUGGCAGACCACUCUGCGGGUCUUCGACACGCUCUCCUAUCAAUGUCUGCUUUCCAUGCGGCUGCAGACCAUCCACAACUGAAGGUGGUAGGGGGCGAGCACAAAGCGACCAGUAUCCGGCACAUCUCGGACGGCAUGAGAUACGACAGCAUGGGUAUACAAACACAGAUUGCCACGGCUUUAGCCCUGACUUUUGCAGAAUCAUGGGAUCAGCACAUUACUACUGGAGUUAUGCACAUCAAAGGCGCGGCCGCUUUUGUCAAAAAUGCGUUGGAGCACCAUAGACGAAACCCUAUGAUCGGCGUGGACUUGCUGCGAUUGAAAUUUCUCUGCAAUGCUUGGGUGUACAUGGAUGUUAUUUCGCGUCUGACGGGCGUGGACUGCGACGAGAAGACUGACUUCCAGACUUCUUUGUGGACAACGGAGGUGCCGGGCAACGAAGAGCCUGGCUACGGACUCAAGUUCGACAACAUUGGCAUUGACGCUUGUUUGGAUCCCCUGAUGGGCUGCGCGAGCACCCUUUUCCCUACCAUCGGAAAUGUCGCGAACCUCGUUCGCCGUGCUUGCAGAUCUCAGAGAAGUUCUCCAAGCAUCAUCAGCACCGCGAGAGACCUGAUGGCAGAGCUGGAAGAGUGGAACACGCCGGCUUACAUUCAACGCCCUCAGGAUCCAGCCACGAACGUCCAGCAUGCGCUUCAGACUGCUGAAGCGUAUCGCUAUGCAACGAUGCUUCAUCUGCAUCAAGCAGUACCCGAGCUACCAACGAGUUCCGGCGACCCAGACGAGAACUAUGCUCAGCGGGUGUUGCAGUAUCUCGCUACUGUGCCGCUGACAAGUAGAAUGCUCAACGUGCACAUCUACCCACUGAUGGUGGCUGGAUGCAUGGCUUCCGAAGCUGAAGAUCGAGAUUGGGUACGUGGCCGGUGGGAUGUGAUGCGAAAACGCAUGCGCAUUGGUGUCAUCGACAAGUGCCUGGCGGUGACCGAAGAGGUCUGGCGUCGUAAGGAUGAUUACGAGGCCAGAUCACCCAGGCAGCGAAAUCUUGUGGUGACGGCCGAUCUAAGUCCUGGCCGUCAAAGAACUAAAGCACAGCCAGAGAAGACAGGGUCUAAUUCGCCGGAGCCAGGCCGCGCCGGAAUGGUCUUUACACUCGCCAACCCGAACGAGAAGGGAAGGAAUUUCUCGAAUGGCAAUUUCGAUGUCGCAUACUCUGUUCGAGGCCAUCUUCAUUGGGUUGGCGUAAUGUGGGACUGGGGCAUCGAGCCUCUGCUGGGAUAG